AUUAGAUGUGGUAAAGCGCUUUUGGCUCUUUACGAUGCUUCUUGUUGACUCGUUCGCAGGGUAAUCAUGGAAUUGAAGUGGAUAGUCGUUUUUCUUGGAGCCUUUGCUUUGAUUCAUCUUACUAUUGGCGAGGAAGAGAUUCCUGAAAUUGAAGAAGUUGAAGAAGUCAAGGAACAUGUUCGCGUAAGAAGACAAAGCAUUUGUACCGACAAAUUGGAUUACUGUCAGUCAUGGCCCGAUAAAUAUUGCCAAGAUUACAAAGAUUACAUGAAGACCAACUGCCCCAAAAAAUGUGGAUACUGCAGUGGACCAACACAAGCACGUAAGUGUAAAGCGAUUACCAAUAACAGUUCAUCGCUCUUGGCAUUAGGUGGAUAUCUGAUCGCAAGAGGAAAUUCACGCCAAAAAGCUCAGUUACUUCUCCCACUUGAAAUUGUCCUUCCUCAUCAAGACACUGCAACGACCACGAUGUGCCUGCGAUUCCAGCACUCAGUGUCCAGCGGUGGCUCUUUGAAAGUCUACGAGAUUCAGAACAAGAAAGGCCAACCCUCAAGAGUCCUCAAGACAAUCAGUGGUGGCUCUAAUACUAACUGGCAAUGUGGCACACAGACUGUUAAAGUCAGCACUUUAUACCAGAUUUUGAUUGAAGCAACUGUUGGUUCUGGACCUGUGGCUCUCGAUGCAAUUAGCUUCGCAAGGGGAUCAUGUUAAUAUUGUCUUAAGAAACAAUUACAAUCAACAAGCUCGCAAAUCAAAUAAAGAUGAUAUGAUCAAAUAAACAAUAUUUAAAACUGAA